AGAGGCAACUUUAGAAGAUAAGGAUUGAAUUACCUGUUCAAUCUGUCUGGACCUACUGAAGGAUCCAGUGACUACUGCCUGUGGACACAGUUACUGUAUGGGCUGUAUUAAGGACUGCUGGGAUCAGGAUGAUCUGAAAGGUGUCUACAGCUGUCCCCUGUGCAGACAGACCUUCACCCCAAGACUUGUUCUGAGGACAAAUCCUCUACUGAAUUAGUGGAGAAAUUGAAGACAGGACUCCAACCUGCUCCUCCUAAUCUCUGAUAAGAUGGACCUUUAGGUGUGGGGUGACAUCUGCACUGGGAGAAAACUCAUAGCUGUCAAGUCCUGUCUGCUGUGUCCAGCCUCUUACUGUGAGUCUCACCUGAAACUUCAUAAUGACCUCAACCUGGGAAAAAAAACAUGAAGCCACUGGACAACUACAGAAGAUCUGCUCUCAUCACAAUAAAUUGCUGGAGGUUUACUGCUGUACCGAUCAACACUGUAUCUGUCUGCUGUGUGUGAUGGAUGAACAUAAAGGGCAUGAUACGGUGUCAGUUGUAGCUGAAAGGACUGAGAAACAGAACUCUGCACAGACAGAAGUGGAGGACAGUGAGAGGAUCUUUACUGAGCUGAUCCACUCCAUUAAAACAAGGCACUCUGAGGUGACGGAGCUGAACAGAGCCCAGGAGAAGGCUGAAGUGAGUUGGGCUGAAGGACUCCUGGAGCAACUGGAGCAGGAGGUGGCUGAGCUGAGGAGGAAAGAUGCUGAUAUAAAGCAGCUCUCUCACACAGAGGCCCACAUCCAUUUCCUCCAGAGUUUCCAGUCUCUCUGUGUCCUUCCUGGAUCUAAAGCCGUACCCAGCAUCUCUGUCAAAUCUUAUGAUUGUGUGAAGAAAUGUGUCUCUGACCUGAAAAAGCCACUACAAAACUUGAUGAAAAAGAACAUGGUGAAGAUAUCUGGAGCAGUGAAAAAGGUUUACAUUGUUCCACUUACUGAUCCCAAUACCAGAGAGUUCUUGAAAUACUCCUGCUAG